GGCUUUUUCUUUAACCAAAAAAAUUGUAAAAUGUUGAUGUUGUUGGUAUGAUGAUGUUGAGAUGGCUUUUUGUGCAUCUAUAUCAGGACUUUGUUGAUAGACUGAUUGAAGAGGGAGAAUUAUCCGCGGAACAAAAGAGAGAAUUCAAUAAAUUUGUCAUAGGGCGUGCUCAAGCAGUAAUGAAAGCUAAACGAAAGGCAAGAGAUACUCGAUUGAAAAUGAUAGAAGAAAUGAGUGAAGAAACUAAGGAAGCCUUUCAAAACAUGAAGUUCUACAAAUUCUACCCUCAGCUUUCACCAGACGUCCCUAGAUUCAAGACGGUAAUAAACAAAAUAAACCCGCCUUCUCAAAUUAGUUUAAUACUGUUUUUCAGUAACGAACAUAUAAGAAACCUGAAUAUGUGACAGUCACCGUGCAUUAACCGAUACUAUGGGAAUGCUCAUCAAGUCCUAUGAUAUGGAAUCUUCAGAAGCAUGAAUCACUAUUUUUCUGCUUUUUAAGUUUGAAUUUUUUUUGUCUUUUGUUUAUUUUUACCAUAUGUAAGCCUUUGAAUUUUCUUCAAAAGAUAAUGAAAUUUCUCAAAUACAAAUGAGUUCAUCAUAAAUUACUGU